AGAAACUGCUGCAACCUGAGGAGGAGGAGGAGGUGAGGUGAAGAGGAUGAGAAGUUAGCACUCCAAGUUCAAAAGAAAAGUGCCGGUCAACAGUGUUCCUCACUCCCGGUGAAUGAGAACCACACUACAGCUGGUUUUAUGUCCACGACACAUUUCGGAUCUCUUGUUUGCAUGUCGUUAAACCCUAACUACAACGCUGAUUAACCCGGGAAGAUGUUCAACUGGUUGGUAAGAUGGACAGUUUGCCUUCUCGUGUUCAAAACGACGAGCACCGACGAUGCAGCGGUGGAUUUUGGAGGCGAGUCCGGCUCCGGGAUGCUGCAGACAGAUGAGGUGAACAUUCUGCAGGAGCUUUCUCUUCAGGUGUCGAACAGCAGUAACGCCUCCAUGACUGUGGAUGACAACAGGUGUCAAGUCCUACAGGUGGGACAGUACUCCACCUUGGCUGUCCCUGUUCGAUAUCUCCUGACUGAUGGGUUUGCAGAUGAGUUCAGUUUACUGGUGCAGCUGCAGAGCCCUCAGAGCGAUGAACGCAGCGUCUUCACCAUGCUCAGCCCCGACAGCCACGUUAUGCUGCAGCUGCGGAUCAGUACUUCCGCCAUUAUCUUCAUAGGAACACAGCAGCGACACUAUGAGUUCCCAGUCAGCGGUCUGUCUGAUGGAAAGUGGCACCAUGUGGCCGUCAGUGUGUCUGCCAAGCGGCUGGCGCUGUAUGUGGACUGCUCUCUGCUGGAGAGUGUGGACUGGGUUUACCACGGCAUGGGGAUCAGCACAGAUGGGCUGCUUAUGGUGGGAGGCAUCAUCGAGGGCUUUGAGACUCCAUUUGAAGGUCAUCUCCGACAGCUGACCUUCCUGAUGGGUGACCCAGGUGCUGCCCAACAACACUGCAGCCACCACCCGCCCCGCUGUGGUGAGACCGCCCCUAAGACUGCUCGCUCCCCGCGAACCAACGCCCUGGAGAAUAUACUGCUGUCCUCGAAUGACCUUGAGGACCUGCUGGGGAAUCCCGAGGACAAGCCAUUUUUGAGCUUUGGCAGAACUAAUAUGUUUCUGCAACGAGGGAGUUCUAGAGGGGAUGGGACGGUGCCUUCAGGAUCCGAUCGGAAAGGUACAGUAGGUCGUGGGGAUGUCUUUGUGGUGGAUGAAGAAACUGACUUGUUGGAUCCAAUAUUCCAAAAUGGCGGACAAGUGAACCCUCAGUGGAAACCUUCCAGAAAUGGACCGAAGGGAAGCCAGAAGGAGAAAUCGAAACUAUUAGAGGAGAACAUAACCACAGACAAAAAGACCGACUCCAGUGGGAGAACUACAUCACUGUUCCCCAGAAAACCAUCCAAUGACAUCACUGACCUGGACAUCGGAAGUGCCACCAAGAAGCCCUCUGUGGGCUUUCCUGUACUUCCUACGAUCCCUUCAGAUCCCAGAACAUCCACAGACUCCACACACACACUAAGGGAGGAGACAGAUGAAAGGUCCGGGUCUGUCUCCCCUACACCUCAUGUCACCAUCACCAAUGGUAAACAACCAGACAAGGAGCAACCCGGCAUUGUGACCAUUGUAUCCAGGGACAGAGACCUGGUCUUGGGCUCGGAUGGCAAAAAGUAUCGGCUCCAGAGAGGACCACCGGGCCGAAUGGGUCUCCCAGGACAGGAGGGCUGUCCUGGUGAGCCUGGCCUUCCUGGGUUUAAAGGUGAUAAGGGUAACACAGGCCCUGAAGGGAGUCCAGGAAGAAAGGGGGAGCCAGGACCUCCUGGACCGGCAGGUUUACCAACCCUCUACCUGUGGAAGAACACAGCGGAGGAAUGGGCUGCCUUUCAGCAAACCAAUUUCUACCAGUUACUCCAUGCUGGUUGGCCUAGUAAAGAAGGCCCUGCAGGACCACCUGGAGAGACAGGCAGGCCUGGCAUACAGGGGCCACCUGGUGAACCUGGGGAGCGAGGACGACCAGGGAUGCCAGGAGAGAUGGGUGAGCCGGGUCACAGGGGCCCUCCAGGACGAGACGGGACCCCGGGGAGAGACGGGGAAAAUGGAGAAGAUGGUCAGCCCGGAUCAGCUGGUGCUCCGGGAACACAGGGCCCGUGGGGAUACAGGGGAGAACGAGGGUCCAAAGGGGAAAAAGGUGAUGAGGGUCUCAUUGGCCUCAAUGGUCCAAGAGGGGAAAAUGGCGAACCGGGUGAGAAGGGCUCAACUGGUUUGCCAGGCCCACCUGGUCCUGUCGGACCACCGGGUCCUCAGGGGAUCCGAGGUGGCUACGGGCCAGAGGGGCCCCGUGGGCCUGAUGGGGAGAAUGGACUGGAUGGCCCCCCAGGUCUGCCAGGGCCGACGGGCGCACCAGGUUCUACAGGACAAGUUGGCAGUCAAGGAGUUAAUGGUUCAAGGGGGGACAUGGGACCUGCUGGCAGCAUUGGUCCCAAAGGCCCACAGGGGCCUCCAGGUUUAGAGGGACAGAUGGGACCUCCAGGACUCAGAGGACCCCAAGGACACCCAGGGCUGAUAGGUGCUCCUGGACUUAAAGGAGAUCCCGGGCCUAUGGGGCCCCUGGGUGCCCGGGGGGAUCCCGGCUUUGAGGGGCCCAUGGGUGCACCAGGGGAACGGGGUCCUAUGGGUUUUCCCGGGGUAACGGGUAAAAGGGGACCAGAUGGAGACAAGGGGGAUCCAGGAACUAAAGGCGACAAAGGUUUUCAAGGGGCACCAGGUAUUAGGGGUCCUCAGGGAGAGAGGGGCCCCAUCGGCUUCCCAGGUUUCCAAGGCACCAAGGGCCAGCCUGGCCCCAAAGGCCCUGAGGGCACAAAUGGAGAAACUGGUCCUCAGGGAAAACAAGGCAGCCGUGGGUUAAAGGGGAACAGGGGACCAGAUGGACGUACCGGCAAACCAGGACCCAGAGGAAACAAGGGUCGGACUGGACAGAGGGGCCACGAUGGCCAACCGGGCCCUUCGGGUUUGCCGGGGCCACCUGGACCAGAGGGAGCAGAAGGAAAGCCUGGUACACAGGGUCCCUCAGGUGCAGCUGGCAGUGCUGGCAGUAAAGGACCAAUGGGUUUUCAAGGAGCUGCUGGAGACAGAGGAGCAGACGGCCCACCAGGGUCUCCGGGGCCACCAGGGAAACCAGGACCUCCAGGAUCACCAGGCCCCCCAGGAGACAGGGGUUUUACAGGGAAGCCAGGCAUGGAGGGACCUCAGGGCCCAGUAGGCAUGUAUGGCAUCCAGGGCACCGUGGGCAUGCGUGGGCCUCCAGGGUUCAUUGGAGAAAGGGGUGAGCCAGGUUUACGAGGUUUACCUGGGCCCGCUGCGAAGCCAGGACCUGCAGGUCCCCCAGGUCCGCCUGGAGAGAAGGGACCCCGGGGACCUCAGGGUCGGCCUGGAGACGAAGGGCCCAAAGGGAUACAGGGCCCACCAGGCCCUCCAGGUCUCCCUGGUGUUGAUGGGGCAAUUGGAAAACCAGGACCGAGGGGAAGCCAAGGGCCCCCAGGAUCUCAGGGGCCACAGGGGCCAGCAGGAAUCACAGGCCCACAGGGUGCUGAUGGAUUAUUAGGAGCAGCAGGGGAAAGAGGACAAAAGGGGUUACCUGGCUUGCCUGGUGACGAUGGCCCCACAGGACAAGAUGGACAACAGGGUCUCCAUGGCCAAACAGGAACUGAAGGCCCACCAGGACAGAAAGGAUAUCAGGGGGACAUUGGGCCUUGUGGGAAACCUGGUCCUCCAGGGCUUCCGGGAGAGAGAGGACUCGAGGGCCCAAAAGGAUUGCAGGGACCACCUGGACCAGUCGGUAAAGAGGGUGAUGCCGGCCAUCCUGGUGAAGCUGGAGAUCCUGGACCGAAAGGGGAAAAGGGUGAGGUGGGACCUCCAGGGUUGUCUGGUCGAGAAGGCCCUUGGGGAACCCUUGGAGAAAAUGGUGAAAGGGGCCCAAAGGGGGAGAAGGGCCACGUUGGACUAAUGGGUGAACCGGGGCUGAUGGGUGAAGUGGGACCUGCAGGUCUGGCCGGGUUAAAGGGAAUCACAGGCCCUCUGGGACCCCCGGGCCUAGAUGGACCUCAGGGCCCGAAGGGGGAUUCUGGGCCUGUAGGGACUACUGGGCCUCCAGGGAGUGAAGGCCCUCGGGGAAUAACUGGUGCACGUGGUGUCAGAGGAGACACGGGGGGGCUGGGACCACCUGGCCUAGUAGGACAAGUUGGACCUCAGGGAGACCUGGGACAUAAAGGGGAACCAGGGCCACCGGGACUGAAGGGAGAGCCGGGAGCCUCGGGUGUGUCAGGGGAACAGGGUGAGGAUGGUCUGCCAGGUAUCCGAGGUCCUCCGGCUCUGCCAGGGUUUGAGGGGCCACCUGGAGAGAUGGGACCCCAGGGUCCCCCAGGUCCCACAGGGGCUCCUGGAGUGCUAGGAAGACCAGGACCUGAAGGGAAACAGGGAAUGAAAGGGGAGAAGGGAGAUGAUGGCAUGAAUGGAUCACCAGGGAAGAUGGGCCAUGUUGGAAGGAGGGGGAAACGGGGGAAAGCCGGAGUCAGAGGAACCAGGGGAGACAGAGGGCCGAAGGGUGAAAAGGGAGACACAGGACUGGCCGGCCUCCCUGGGUGGCCAGGGCUCAUCGGAAUCCCUGGCUUACGUGGAGAGCCGGGAGAUCAAGGUGAAAAGGGGAAAGAGGGUGAGAAAGGAGACCAUGGAUUGCCUGGACCAGCUGGAGCUGAUGGCAUGAAGGGUAUUCGUGGUCCUGUUGGGUUGCCAGGUCCACUGGGCCCGAAGGGAGAGCAGGGAAAUAUUGGUCCACCAGGACCGAGGGGUACACCGGGGAUGCCAGGACUGCCUGGUUUGUUUGGAUUAAAGGGUUUGAAAGGCUACCAAGGUUUACCUGGUCUGCCCGGCAGGAGGGGGCUCCCAGGCCCACCUGGGGUUCCAGGACCCUCAGGACAGUCACUGAACAUGACGUUGACUCAACUCAAGGACCUGAUGUAUGUGUCCGAUAAGCCCAACUACCCUCUGAUCCAGACUCUGCUAGAUUCUCUGCAGCACGAGCUUCGGCUGCUGGUGGAUCCUCCUGAUGGCAGUAAGGAGCAUCCUGCCACCACCUGUCUGGAGCUCUGGCUCUGUCACCCUGAGUACAGCAGCGGAAUGUAUUACAUCGACCCCAACCAGGGGAGCCCAGCCGACACUCUGCUGGCCUAUUGCAGCUUCUCCUCCGCAUCAAAACAGACCUGCAUUCAUCCUCGAGACUCUCAGCUGCCCAUGAAAGCCUGGAUGGAAGGCUUUUCUGAAGAAGGAUCUUUUCAGUGGCUCAGCAGGUUGGAACAGGGGUUUCAGUUUUACUAUCCAGGUGCUAACGUGGUCCAGAUGCGUUUUCUGAGAUUGCAUAGUACCACCGCCACCCAGAAGGUGACCUACUCCUGCCACCCAGGACACAGACUGGGUCAGACAGACAGAGACAUCAAAUUCCUCACUGAUACAAGGAAGCAAAGUUACCUCGGAGCUCUUAAAGAUUGUGUGCCUGGAGAGGAGACCAUUUCUGGACCUCGGGAGUCUGUGUUUGAGUUUGAAGACCUCCAGCUGCUUCCUCUGAGAGACGUAGCACUGAUGGGAGGUGGAAACUUCACACACCAGUUUGGCUUCACUGUCGGACCCGUGUGUUUCAGCUAGGAAAUGCUAGAAAGCUGUGCCGUCCCAGAAGCCUCACAGGCCCAGGAUACAAACCUCUCUUCAAAUCAUGGACGUCAAGAGGACAACUUGAACAUCUCUCCCAAUUUCUAAAGAUGUCACUUCCCUUUCCUCUUGUUUUGGGGGAUUUGAUCUCUCAAGCUGAGUGACCGUUUUAAUGAAUUUAUGAGGACAGAAGUGUCCCCAGGCUUUUUUCACGGAGAAGUCAAUUUUGUUUACAGAGACGUUUAUCUUGUAUUGAAUAAUUUAAAAAUAUAUGUUUUUUUAUCCUUUAUAACUCUGUUUGAUUUUUGUUUUGUAUUGUGGGCUUCUGUCAUAGCCUGGCCGUUGGGUAUAUAAAAGUCGGACUGUCCUAACUGAACAAUUAACAAUGUGUUCUGCAUGGGGACACAGCUAAUGUUGUCCCAUUGGCUGUGUGUGACCAGGCCAGUAAACUCUCUCACUGUAAGUCCACUACUUUUGUACUGUAAGUCAACUCAGAUGUGUCACUUUUCUCAUGGUGCCGAUCACAUUUUAUUUGUAAGACCAGCAUUUAUCUAAUCCCAAAAACAAUAGAGGGGGGCAGUCAUCCUGUUUUAUGCAUACUUGAUGCUGUCUUUUGCCAACAGCAAGAUCAAACAAAACAUUGUUUAUUAUUUUUGCAGUUUCAUAUAAUCUAUGUUGGGUUUUUUCUUACGUCUCAGGUAUGAUACAUUAAUGAUGUACACAUGGGCGCUGAAGCAGCUGUUGUCACAGUAUG